UCCAUGCCCGUGAUAGUGAAGAUAUAAUAACAAAUCCUUUACACGGGUACAGGAUAAUUGAAUUUUUUACAGUGUUUACAGCUUUGUCUGAAAUUGUGAAGUGCUCGGUGUGUAAUCAGAAGAUAAAAUUCAAUGAGUGUAGUUCCAGAGGUCUUGGUUUUAAAAUUGUUGUCACAUGUCCAUGUGGUAAUAAAACAAUAAAUUCAGGUCCUUUCAUUAACAACGGAUUUGAAAUAAACCGGAGAAUAGUGUUUAUCAUGAGACUUUUGGGUGUUGGAAGAGAAGGGAUAAAUUUAUUUUGUAACCUGAUGGACCUAUGCACUGGUUUGAGUAAAAGUUGUUACGCUAACAUUGUGGAACACAUUUAUAAUACAGUGAAAUUAUCAUUUGAAUUUCUAUCGCAGAAGGCAGUGAAAGAAGAGAUGGAAAAAAAUGUCGAGCAAGGAAGAGAAAAAAAUAUUUUAAAAGUAUCUGGAGAUGGUACUUGGAAAAAACGUGGUUUCAAAUCAAAUUACGGUGUUGCAACGCUCAUAGGAUAUUAUUCAGGGAAAGUUAUUGAUUUGAAAACAAAAAGUAGUUACUGUCAAGGCUGUAUUUACUGGAAGAACAAGACUCAUACAGAAGAAUUCCGUAAGUGGAUUGAAUAUCACGAGGAUGAGUGUCAAAAAAAUCACGAAGGUUCGUCAGGAAAGAUGGAAGUCGAUGCCAUGAAAGAAAUGUUCUCGACUUCAGAAGAAAAAUUCGGAGUAAAAUAUGGUAACUACAUUGGUGACGGAGAUUCUAAGACAUUCAAGGCUAUUCUAGAUUUAGAACCUUACGGUAAUGAGUUACCAGUAGUGAAGAGUGAAUGUAUUGGUCAUGUAGAAAAAAGAAUGGGUUCUCGACUUAGAAAUGUAAGAAAAGAAAAGAAACUUUCGGGGAGAGGAAAACUAACUGAUAAAGUGGUAAAAAAAUUAACAAAAUAUUAUGGUUUAAGUAUUCAGAGAAAUGUUAACAGUGUUGAAAAUAUGAAAAAAGCCAUAAUGGCUACUUAUGAUCAUAUUUUUUCCACUACAGAAAAUCCCCAACAUGAUAACUGCCCUGUAGGCGUUGAUAGCUGGUGCAAAUGGCAGAAGGCUAUUGCUCAAAAUCGAGAUCCUCGAAAGGAAAAUUUAGCUCCAUUACUUGGUGAAGAUUUAAAACAGCAUCUUUUACCAAUAUAUCAAGAUUUGUCCAAAGAUGAUUUACUUGAGCGAUGCCUUGGUGGUCAUACGCAGAACGCGAACGAAAGUUUUAACGCUACAGUUUGGCGAUUAUCCCCAAAACACCUGCAUUCCGGACUAAAAGUAGUCGAAAUUUCAGCUUACAUUGCUGCAGGGAUAUUUAAUGAAGGUUAUACUUCCGUAUUAAGAAUAAUGAACCUUUUGAAUCUGAAUAUUGGCACUUAUGCUAAAAUAUUUGCGGAUAGUACAGACGAGGAGCGAAUAACCCGACAGAAUCGUAAAAGCCUUUCAGAGACCAAAGAUGCUCGUUCAGCUCGCAGACAACAUCAAAUAGAUGAAAAUCAACUUUUUGAGGAGGAAGAAGGACUGUUAUAUGGACCUGGAAUUGCAAAUUAGUCGAUCAAUGGUUGAUGAGUGACAAAUGAAGCAGUUUCGGACCUCGCGUCAGAGGCAGCCUACAAGACAUCAUGCUGAGCCGCCAUUUUGAAUUAAAAAAAAAAAAUAAUUCUUUUUUUGUAGUCUUAAAAUGUUUAAUAAAGUUGUGUUAAAAGUUCUAAACAAUUAAA